AUGCUUAACAAAACACCCGCCCCACCCACCUCACACAAUAACAUUUCUUCCCCGAACUAUCGCCACAAUCGGACAAGGACGCGGGUCGACAGGGCCCUGGUGGGGAAGAACCCACUCUAUCAGAGGCGGACCUCAGAACUGAGGGGAGCUGUCGCACCCCGGCCCGAGCAGUGUCCAAUUUCCCAAAAGGGAACCCCCGAUCUCCGUUGCGGAAACCAGAGCUCCCAAGCCGGCGCGGGUGACUCCCCCUCCGACUGCGGGUCUCCGUUCCCCCGAAGCCUCUUCGGGGGGCUCGGGCCUCUUGGAGCCACUCUUCUCUUCGCUGCUCCCCGACUCCGAGCUCACACGGGAGUCCACUGUGCUGACCGUCACCAGGCAACAGCGGCCAGCGGGGCGGCUCUGGGAGGCCUACCCCGAGUGCAGGUCCUUCCCGAUUCCUUACACGUCGGCCUAGGGCGUCCGGGCGGAGCGCGGCCCCGGGCACAGGUCGCUCGGCGGCCGCGGGCGAUCACUCACCUCUUCCUUUCACCUCCCGGGAGGGGCGGCGCUGGAACUCGCUUCCCCCGCCCCCCCAAACGCGACGUGGCUGCACCAGCUCAGCCUCGGCACCUGGCCGCCCCCGCCCGUUUACUCCAUAGCCUUCUCCGCGCUAGCGGCCGCGAAAGCUGGAGCCCGACAAGGGAAGAAGGAGAAGAGGGGAGGGACUGGGGAGGAAAAAUAAGGGAGGGGGCAGAAAACCGAAAGACCUGCCGGCCCUGGCAUGACCUUCGCGAUCUCAUGGCGGUUCUUUUGACUCCACGUUUUCGUAGCCUUGGCGAUCGGAGAGAGUUUCGCGGCCCAGGACGGAGCGAGACGAGUUUCGUGAGCCCUCGAGAUGGCUUCUAUCGGAAAAGGAGGACAGGAUCCUCUGGUCCUUUUCAAGCUACUCAUCUUUGGAAUGAUAUUAUUCACUCCCUUCAUACCCAAGUGGAAAUAAAAAGAAGACGGCAUCGUUUAAGAGCAUACAAAGACUGUUUUACUGGUUCUGAUGCUGUUGAUGUAGUAUUAACACAUCUUAUGCAAAAUGCACAUCUAAGUAGCACUCAUAUCUCUCGUCUUAAAGGAGUUCGUCUUUGCCAAGUUCUGAUGAAUAAUAAAGUAUUUGAACCGGUAGGAGUUAAGCGAUUCAAAAAUGAAAAGGAAUUGGUUUUUGAGGAUUCAAAUAGCAGUCUUUACCAGUUUCUCAGCAAUAAGUCAUCUCGUGUUUUUUGCAAAAGAGAAACGGAUGCAGAGAAAGGGUUAAUUGAAGAAACAAAAGCAAAAGACUCUUCAAGAGCAGAAGAUAAAAUGAUUUCAAAUCCUCUAGCACAAGUGUUUGCUGAGAAAAGAACUGAGGCACUUAUUUAUACACUGAAUGGGAAUUCAGCUUUAGCUCCAAAUAUCGCAGUUAGCACAUCUGUCCUCCAGCUGUCAAAAAAAGAUGUCUGGAAACAACAAACAUUGUUACGUAUUCUUCAGCUGAUUGACCUUCCGUUCUUGGAAAAUAUGUUGGACCCUCCAGUUAAACCACAACAUCUUUGGUUAAGUAAAGAGGAAGAUCUUGUUUUGUCAAACACUUGCCUCGAUAGAGACGUCAUCCCAAAUUUAUGUCUAUCUGAGAUUGAUCACUGGUUUAAUGCAGCAGUUGAAUGCUUGGAGUAUUUCCCUGACCAGUUAAUAGUGAUGAUUAGUCAGCAGAUACUGCAAAACACAAAUGAUGAGAAAAAAUUGAACAUUCAGAAGAACAUACUCUUUGAUGUCAUAGUAAAAUAUUAUCAAGAGAGAGAUAGCCUAUUAACUGAUGAGUACUUUGAUGUUCAUUCAGGAAUUAUUGAACUUCUAGAAAAUGGGAAAAGAGCAGAAGCUCUGGAAACCACCCAACUGUACCUGAGAUUGUUGUUACCCAACAUUAGGGAGGAAUUACGCCGACUACUUACUUUCAUGGCUAUUGCAGCAGAACCUGAUGCCUACAGGCUACACAAACAGUGUGACAACACCACAGCGGUCCUGAAAACUUUGACCAAAGCAGUUUUGCAAACCAAAUCAUUAUUAAAAGUACAGACAGAACAACUAGUCCUGUUUCUACUGAAGCAUCACUCUGAGCUCUUCAAGACGCCUGUUACCUUAUUGGACCUGGUUAGUAUGAAGCUUAAGAAACUUGUACAUGGGGAAGAUCCAGAUGCCAUAUCAGGCUUCACAUUUUGCCAGCGUUUGACAAACGAGGAGUUUGAAAGACGAAAGGAAAGGACCAUUAAAUCACUUCGCCAGUUGGCUCAUGAGAUUAAUAAUAAUUGUCACAUCUCUUGGAAGCAAAAAAGGAAAUUAAUUAAGGAUAUUCAAAAACACCAUCCAGAAGCUUUGCAUUAA